AUGUUGCCCAGUCUAAUCUGGCAACCUUUUUUCUACAAUUUGGGUCCAACCGGAGCAAGAAUUUAUUUUAUGCUGGCUUUUGGUUGUGAACUCUUAGUAAUUAUCUGCGAAGCAUACAUUGCUGCCACCCGAUAUCUGACAUUUAUAAGAAGUAGUUUAUCCACUAACUACUGGGAGAUUCGCAAAAUCAAUCAAUGGCUCCUUGUAAUGGUUGUUAUCAGUGCUGCUUAUGCCUCAGUCUAUUUCCUUAGUGAUUUUGUAACCAGCUUGGAUGCCGAAAAAACGAGUGCACGUUUUCUAUUCUCAAAAAGCAGCUUGGAUUGGGUUACUGUGUCGAUAUUUGUCCCAUUUAUUGUAGCAACUGGAGCCUUCUUAUCGUUAUUGGUCAGGAUAGCAAAUCAUAUAUCCUACCGCGCAGGUGGAUACGACCUCAUUCCUUAUACCGUCUAUUUUCUGUUAACAAGAGUAGGUCAGGGAAAAUGCCUUUCCCUGUUGGAAAAGGAGAGUCAUCGCAUCUAUGCCAGUGAUGACGAUUACUGA